CGAAUUGAGGUGGGGCAUUAAAGCAGAAAGUUGCCCUCCAGCUUAACGUCGUCACCUGAACACCUUUAUUCCGUGUGUAGGAGCUUUGGGACUCCAUCAAACAGGAUAAACUGUUAAAGUUCUGCGCUUUUGUUUUUGGUCUCCAAACAUCUGAGUCUCAAAACGAAAGCGGAAGUAAAUAUCGGAUGUGUCUGAAGGUGAGGAAGUGAAAGUGACUUCGUCUGAACUUCACACACAAGAUGGAUGGAUUUAGAGUCAUGUUGUUGGAGAUAUCUGACAAACUUCGUAAUGAGCAGUUAGCACAGCUAAAGUUUCUGUGUGGAGACGUUAUAGGGAAGAAGAAAAGCGAGGAAAUCAACAGCGGGAUUCAGCUGUUUGACUGUCUGAUCGAAAGAGCAGAGAUCGGACCGAAUAACACGGACUUUUUACGGAAGCGUCUCACUGACAUUGGACAACAGGUCUUACUGGAAAUAAUCGACAGAUACGAAGGUCAAGCGGUCUCCACAGAUUUACCGGAUGAAACGGAACUAGGGAAAAUUAACUGUGCAACCGAAGUGAUUGUUGGGCAACUGGGAAGAAAGUGGCUUCAGUAUGGACGGAAACUGGGAAUCACAGAGUGCAAGCUCGAAGGCAUACAAGAAAAACAUCCUCGCAACCUGGAGGAACAAGUGAGAGAACUGUUCAAAGAGUGGAAGAAGGCACGCAAAGCCGAGGCCAGAGUGGACGAGCUGAUCAGGGCGCUCCGAGCCUGUGACCUGAACUACACGGCUGAUGUUGUGGAGAGAAAACUCCAGAAUAAGAGCUAAUUUGUCUUGAAAAAACCGUUCCUUCAUUUUCAGGCUGUUAUACUCAUUCGUUGCUGCUGAACUUGUAAUUACAAUGCGUUUGUCUUGCAGUUCUUUGUGCCAAAUUUGAUAUCGGUUUUAAAUUCACGUUAGAUUUUUCUAUCAUAUUGUUCAGUUGUGAAAAUCUUCAGUCUUAAAGCUUUGCUCUGGUGCUGGUGGGUAAACUGUGAAAUAAUGCUGUUUAAAAAAAAGGUUGGUUUUUUUUUCGGAAGAUUAUAAAUUAGGCUGAGAUUCAUAUGGAGCUUAUCAUUAUAAUAUAAUAAAACCAUCAAGAUAAUGAA